AUGGGGAACAUCCAUCUUUGUAGGCGUGUUCAAAUCGAAGUGGGCGUUUCUGUAGAGAACAAGGCAGGUAGGUAUUUAGAUUCUGAAGAAUUGAACAAAUCCGAAACUUUUCUCUUAAAAUUUGCCCAAAGUGAAUAUUUAGAAGAAUUGAAUGCUUUAAUGAAAGGUGAGAAUGUGAAAGGUAAAAGUAAAUUGUCUUCUCUUAAUUGUUUUAUUGAUAAAAAGGGUCUUAUACGUGUUGGAGGUCGAAUUGUAAAUUCAAGUGUUAAUGAUUAUACUAAACAUCCAAUUGUCCUUCCAGCAAAACAUCCCUUAACCUAUAUGAUUGUACAUUAUUUUCAUUUGAAAUAUUUACAUGUCGGAGCACAAACUUUAUUGUACUUAAUACGUCAAAAAUAUUGGCCUGUGAACGGCAGAAAUUUGUGCAGGUUGGUAAUACACAAUUGUGUUACGUGCACAAAAAACAAACCAGUUUUAGAGCAACAAUUAAUGGGUCAGUUACCUAAAGAACGAAUCGAACCUUCUCCUCCAUUUACCAUAACAGGUAUUGAUUUUUGUGGACCAUUUUAUAUAAAAUUUAAAGGACAAAGGAAAGGUGUUUUAAAUAAGAUAUAUGUUGCAAUUUAUGUAUGUUUCUGUACUAAAUCAAUACAUUUAGAUUUUGUAAGUGACUUAACAUCAACAGGGUUUAUAGCUAGCUUGAAAAGAUUUUUUUCUAGAAGAGGUAAGGCCUCUAAAAUUUUCACUGACAAUGGACGAAAUUUCGUGGGUGCAGACGCUGAACUGAAACGGCUUUUCAAAAUUAUUAAUUCACCAGAUGAACCUUUGGCUCAAUAUUUUGCCGAGGAAAAAAUUGAUUGGCAUUAUAACCCCCCAAGAUCACCAAAUUUUGGAGGAUUAUAUGAAGCCGGCGUUAAAUCUUUUAAAUUCCACCUAAAACGGAUAGCGGGAAACUCCAAUUUUACUUUGGAAGAAUUCAUUACAGUUUUAGCGAAGAUUGAAGGAGUAUUAAACUCCAGGCCAUUGACUCCAUUGUCAGCUGAUUUCGAAAACUUUGAUACCCUAACACCUGGGCAUUUUCUUAUUGGGAGACCCAUCACUUCCAUUACAGAACCUCAACUUGCAGAUAUCAAUGAAAAUAGACUCAGUAAAUGGGAAAAGAUUUCUAAAAUUUCUCAAAAAAUUUGGAGACUUUGGAAGAGAGAUUAUUUAAGUAAUCUCCAAGAACGCCACAAAUGGCAGUUCAGUAAAGAUAAUGUUAAAAUUGGAACUUUAGUGUUGGUGAAAGAAGAGAAUUUGCCAGCAACUAAAUGGUUAACAGGAAGAAUUGAGGAAAUAUUUAGGGGAAGUGAUGGGAAGGUUGAAAUUACGUGUAUGUAUAUUUGA